GGGAGCUUUGUGGUGUCUCUCGGCUUCCGUUGAGGACGGCAAGAUGGCAGCUUCCGACACGGUUAGGUUACGGCUUCAAUUUGAUUAUCCACCGCCAGCCACUCCACACUGUACAGCCUUCUGGCUUCUGGUCGACUUGAACCGAUGCCGAGUCGUCACGGAUCUCAUUAGUCUCAUCCGCCAGCGCUUCGGCUUCAGUUCGGGGGCCCUCCUGGGCCUCUACUUGGAGGGGGGGCUCCUGCCCCCAGCCGAGAGCGCGCGCCUGGUGCGGGACAACGACUGCCUCAGAGUUAAAUUAGAAGAGAGAGGAGUUGCCGAGAAUUCUGUAGUAGUCAGGAAUGGUGAUGGUACUCAUUUUUUACCUAGAAAAGCAAAGAAGCGGGCAUUUAAGUUGGAGGAGAACGAAGAAAGUGACAUAGAUUGCAAGUAUUCAAAGAAACAUUGGAAAAGGCAAGAGAACAGUAGUAGUAAUGAGAAGGCCUUGGUUCUGCACACAAAAGCGGUCACAGAGCAGGCUGUGGGGAAAAAAAACAAGAGAAAGAACAAAGCAUCGGGUGGCACUAUGGAUGACAAUGAUGAAGAAACCAAAAGGAAAUCACCAAAGAAAAAGGAGAAAUGUGAAUAUAAAAAGCAGACCAAGAAUUCCAAGUCUCCCAAAGUGCACGUGGUAAAAGAGUGGACCACUCAGAACUGUAGUACUCCAAAAAGUCCUGCUAAGAACAGCCUGGCAAAAGCCAGAAAUAAAGCUGGUGUAGGCACUGUUUCAAAAGACAGCCCCAGUUCCUCCUCGGAGUCGGAGUCUUGUCACGAAUCCACCAGCGAUGGGCUCAGCAAUGUCACUUCGGAGGCCAGAAAUUCCUCAGAGAAAAUUCCCACUGAGUUAGCAAAGGAAGGAUCCUCUACAAAAAAUACGACUGCAAACAAAUUGCCUGCAAAAGGUGGCUUUAGCCUUACUCCGAGCCAGGGCAAGACCACCGGAACAUCCUCGUCUAGUUCAGACUCGAGUUCAGAGUCGGAUGACCAGUGCCUGCUGUCCAAGAGCACUCCCGAGAGUGCCUCGGGGCUCUUCAAGACGGCUGGCCUCUUCCCAGGGAGAGGCUGCCCGGGUCCAGGGCUGUCCUCGCAGGUGCCACCUGCUGCCGGCUGGAAGUAUUCUGACUUAAGCGGUGGCAGACAGGCUCCCGGUCCUCCCUCUGUUGCGACUCUCCCCUCCAGCCUAGGAAGAGGAUGGGGUCGAGGAGAGGACCUUCUUUCUUGGAAGGGAGCCAGAGGUCGGGGUGCGCGGGGGAGAGGGCGAGGGCGAGGGCAGGCUGUGUCUGGUGUUGUGAACAGAAAUGCUGACUAUCAGAAGCAGAAGCAAUUAAAUGAAAUGAUAACAAACACAUCUACUUUUAUCCAGAAUCCAGUAGAGACACACAAGAAGGAUUAUAGUCUGUUACCACUCUUAGCAGCUGCCCCUCAGGUUGGAGAAAAGAUUGCAUUUAAGCUUUUGGAACUAACAUCCAAUUACUCUCCUGAUGUCUCUGACUACAAGGAAGGAAAAAUACUAAGCCACAAUCCAGAGACCCAGCAAGUAGAUAUAGAAAUUCUUUCAUCCUUACCUGCCUUGAAAGAACCUGGGAAAUUUGAUUUGGUUUAUCACAACGAAAAUGGCACCGAGGUAGUGGAGUAUGCCGUGACACAGGAAAGGAAGAUCACCGUUUUUUGGAGAGAGUUGAUUGAUCCAAGGCUGAUUAUUGAACCUGCAAGUAACACCUUGCGUUCAGAACUUGUCAGAGUAUGACCUCUCCACUUGUUAGUCUAUAAAUGUCUUGUUUGUGAAAGUGGCUAUAACCUGAAAUUUAAAAAAAAAAAAAAGUGAGGAUUUGAAAGUUGUAUGGAUUUUUUUUGUUAUCUUCACUGUAUAUGAAAAAAAAAAUCUACCUCAUCAUAUAAGUAACAUGGGUGUUGGUAUUGUAGGCCUUCCUUUUUUGUCCCCCAGGUUAAUUUUGGUUAACAAAGUUCCAGACACAACAUUCCCUGCAGGCAUUGUUGUCAUCCAAUGUGUAUGGUUUCUUCUUUCUCUAUUUUUUUGACCAUCAACUAGCAGUCCUCAAUAGGAGUUGGUAAUACCAAGUACAACAACGUGCUGCAUAUCUUGUCUCAAUAAGUUUUGUUAAGUAACAUUCUAAAGUAUUGAAGCGUGUUACUUGACCUAAUUUUUUAACAUUUGAGUUGUUCCAUUAAAUGUGGAACAUCUUAUAAAUUCCAAGUAUUUUAUACUUGAAAUGGUUGAGAAUUCACAAGUAGUUAGUUGGGUUUGUUAUAGACAAUGAGUGAAGGAAUCCUUUUCAUUUUUCCCAAAUGUAAAUGAAGGAUUCUCGGGGCCCUGUGUAGAGCAGUGAAAAUCAGAGCCCGGGUGUGUGCCUAGAGGAGAACGGCGUUCCACCUGGAGAGAGGACUCACUGAACCACAGAGCAGGUGGUGGCCCCUGCUGCAAGACGCCAAGUGCCUGGCUCAGGUGCCGCAGUGAGGAUCAGAAACGGAAACUUCCUUUGCUGUUACUAUUCAACACAAAGCUAGAAAGGCUGAAUAUAUGCUGUAAAAAUUGCUUUCUUUUAACAAAAGAUCAUAUCCCUCCUUCAGCUUUGCAAAUUUUUAAAUAAAAUCAUAUUGAACUGAAAGUC